GAUGGAUCCCUCGUAUUUAUCGAGGAGCCUUUAAAAACAGUUUAUGUUUUGAGAGGAAAUGAUUUAACCUUGAAAUGGGAGUAUUACAUUGACAAAAAGCCAGCCGAUUUAAAAUUUGCUACUUGGGAUGUGUACGUGGAAGGCGAUGGUUGGAAGAAAAUGAUAGGAGAGGAGAAAGAUGGCACAGUUUUCUAUCAUAUUGAAUUGCCACCACUGUAUUCCAGAAGAGUUGAGAAAAGGGACCAGGCUACUCUUAUUAUAAAGAAUAUGACUUAUGAAGACUCCACUGAAUUUAGAUGUGUCCUAACUGCCCUUGAUGGAACUAGGACAGAGGGUGUUGUUAAAGUGAUUGUUGCAGGUAUGUGAUGUAUUUGCUUAUGAAAUGUGCAAAUAUGGAAACUCAGAGAUGAUUUAUACUCCAUAUAAAAAAAAAAAUUUUCUCUGAGCUGAAAAUAUGAAAGAAAAUGAUCAAUGUUUAUACUUGCAUAUCAUGCAAUAUUCAUCGGCUUCCCCCAGGAAAGCUAACUGCUCUCUACGAUGAUUCUUUUACAUCUGUAAAGCAUUACAGUUAUUUAUUUGAAAUUAUUUCUCCAGUUAUUAAUUUAAUCAGUGUGGUCGUUAUUCUUUUUCUGCAAGAGGAACAAAAACAAUACUUUUUCAUGUGGUAUGCAGACUAUUCAAGGAAUGGGCUGCCAUUAAAAUUUACUAUGCUGCAGGGCACACUUUUUUGCUUGUUUCUGCAAUUUUUUUAUAAGAAAUAACUAGGUUGCACGGAUGAUAACGAAGAUGAUCAGCAAAGAAAAGCAGCGUGGGUUCAUAAAAGAUCUUGAAAAAAUACACAUAAAUGUUUUUUUCAAAGUAGGAAAGGGUUGUAAAUCUUAUUCUUAUUGGCUGCAACAUAUACUUGAGGAAUAGCAGAGAAUAAAUACAUGAAUUAUGGGGAUAUAUAAAAUCGAACCAAAUGUCCUGAAGUACUCCCUCAUUGCGAACAAUGAAUUUGAAUUAUGUAAAUUUUCUUGCGCACUUCCAACUCAUUUUUGAUUGGUUUUAAAAACAAUCAGCUACUGUCACAACUCACACGUGUAGUAUCGUGACAGUCCCUCUAAAUACCUCAAAUUCUUUUGAUCGUCUUGCUGAGUUUGUCACCUCUUACUCAGAAUCCAAUCUACCGCAAUCGUCUUCAACUGUGUGGGCAACGCAGCAACCUUUGAAAGAUUAUUACCCCUAAGAUCGUGGAUUAACUUUUAGUAAAAGACGUUCCUUGUUGUUUCUUGUAGUGUGCUAUGAUUUUUUUAUGUCAUGGUAAGCGUGCAUUUUAUAGCACACUUAGCGUGCAAUUUGAGUAUUAGACACGCUGAACACACUAGAUUACUUACAACAGCAAAGGAUUACAAGAAUGAAGUGGCUUGUGUGUUGCAGUGAAAUGAAUUGCAACUUCUCACUACAGUAGUGAUAAAACUUAAAUAUUAACCAUUUUCUUUCUAUAGAUCGUUUUCACAGUCAUGCAACAAAAAAAUAAAUUGGAAGCCGUCCCGUGGAAGAAGCCAAGAAAAUACUUAUUUAUAAACAAUUUGUCCAAGUCUCAGGUCGUUGUGGCCCACGGUUUUUGAGUUAUUUGCUGAAACGUUUUACGCACCUUUGUAGAGCUUUGUAUGGAGACACCAUAUUGGUGUACCAUUUUGGUGCACCAAUAUGGCUGCCGGAAAUAGACAAAAACAUCUGGAGUUCACUUUUUCUAUAAAAGCAGGCACGGAUCCACACCGGUUUCCACCGUUUUACAGAAAUCGGUCGGAUUUUUCAUAAUAAAUACAUUUUUAAUAAUAAAAAACACUUUCCAAGUUGAAACCUGGGCAAUAUGCUACCUGAGUGACUCGAAAACCCAGGAAAGGGGACUUAAAGAGUUAAACACCAAAACAUUUCUUGGGAAGCCUGCCCCCCAGACCCCCUUAGAUAGUGCUUGCGCCUUCGGCCCUCGUUUAGGAAAUCGGUCAGUAUUUAUUCCAGAUCCGCGCCUGAAAAGCUCUUUCUUUUCACUCAAGAACUAGCAUACGUGCGCAUAAACAUAAUAUCUUCUAAUACUUGAAAUGGUAUACUGCUGAAAAUCAAGAGGAGAGACUUUUUUCAACGAGACAGCAUUUCUAUUUUGGUGUCACUCACUGUAAAAACUCGGAAGUUCAAAUUGCUGUAUUUUCGAAAUGAAACAUGCUAUGGGAAUGGAAACUUGAACAAAUAUUUACUUUUUGUUUAUCUUCAAGCUUGUGUAAAUAAGAAUUCGUAAAACCUCGCUAUUUUGACUGUGCAAUUUGAUGACAUCACUGUGAAAACCAUCUAUAAAAAAAGCAAGAUUAUAUAUUUGUACUGAAAAAGCGUAGAGAUUUGUUUCUUGGAAUUUGGUCGUAACUGACUACAAAUCAUCACUUAGUAAACAACAACGCGAACACUAAUACCUUAUCGUUUUGCUUCGUGUAGACAUUCAACCAUUGCAAUUUUAUUAUUGAUAGCUGUUCCUAAAUAACUGGGUUAACUCGUAUAGCAUUUAGACCGGAAUUGCAAGAAGCGGAAUUAGCCCUUAACGAAAACAAAAUUAAUUAUUGGUCUCUGGUAAAAAGUAAGUUACAAACAAGCACUUGUCUUGUUACUAUUCGUUUCUGUUUGACAGUUUAUAAUAAGUAUCUGGUUGGAAAAUAAUGAAACAUUCUUGGAGAAACCUGGGCUAACAUGCGUUUUUCUGUGUUUUCGGUUAGAAAGUUGCCGUCUAUAUUUAGUAAAAAGUUGCGAUGCGUCUAGAAGUAUCUAAAUACUUGUAUUUUUAAAGCAUGUCGAAGUCAGCGCUGGUUUUAUGUUUUGCUUUGAUUGGUACACUUGGAGAUUUUAUGGCUGUUUAUCUUAUCCAGGUUAUAUUAUUUUGUGGUUAUUGUAGGACAGCUCAUAAACAAGGUUGUAAUAUACGUGCAAUAGUUUCAGAGGUGCCUCUGAUGUACGGUAUAGUCGCUGUCGUAACAGGGCCAGAGUUGGUCUGAGAGUUGGAAUCAGUGUUACUGUGAGUGUUCCGUCUAACAAAGUCCGUGUUGUAAUUGUUCUUACUAAAAACGUUGUUAAGAUAAUCAGUCUCGUCUUGUAGGCUGUCGACUAUACCGUACAUCAGAGGCACCUCUGAAACUAUUGCACGUAUAUUACAAACUUACAAUAUACGUGUUGCACACAAACCGAUAACCACUUUACGGCGACUGCUUACUAAUGUCAAGGACAAAGACAAACCGGAGGACAGACAGGAGCAGUAUACAAGAUCAAAUGCUGCGACUGCCAGGCUUCUUACAUUGGUGAAACCGGCAGAAACCUAAGCACACGACUGACCGGACACAAACGCGUGACGAGGAAUGGUGACGUCAACAAUCACAUUGCUGAGCACCAUUUAAAGACGAAACAUCAAAUUGACUGGGACUCUGCGACAUGUAUAACGUAUUCUACAGACUACUAUCAACGUCUUACUUUAGAAAGUUGGUUUACUAACUUAGAACAAACGCCACUGAAUCGUAGUCAACAGUUACCAGCGCCGUACAAACGACUUAUUGACGAGAUCAAGCAAACCUAACUACGAGAGAACAACUGGAGAACUAACAAUUUGACUAACAAUAGACGACUGUUUAACUGCGACAAUAGACGGAUCGAAACGCACCAAUCACUGAUUACGAGUCUUCGUAGCCGAUAACAUCACGGCUUAACUGACAGACGACCAAUAACAUCGCGACAUAAUUGACCAAUCAGAUCAAUAACCCGAGUAUAAUACCAUCAACUGACGUGAUACAACUCACUUUGACUCUGAAGAUGACUACCGCACAGGUUGUCGAAACGUCAGUCACUGUCAACAACAACAGUCCUAUUCAGGACUACGUUCACCCGGACGAUCAAACUCAACCUUUUUAAAUUUUAUGUAGCGUAUUGUUUUCCGAUAAAAUGUAACAUAUACGGUACAUUGUAACAGGCACGUUUUAUCAGCUGUAAACUUUCAUAACAGUCACACCGACGAUGAUGGAUUUACCGUCAAAACAUGUUUGCUAAAAUUUAAAAAGUCGCACUUAUUUUGAAAGUAUAUUAAAGUUAACGUCAUGUUCCGACAUUUUUUUCUGGCAUCUUUGAUUUGCAGUGCACAUAAAACAUUGUUCUUCAAGUCACAACAUCAGUCAUGAUUUUGAAUUUGGCAAAUUGAAAAUGUACCAUUAAAUACACUGUAGCAUUUUGGAUUGGGUCUGGGCUCCCCCCAGAAAAUUUUGAAAUUUAGAGCUUCUGAAAACACCGGAAACACGUUCAUUUCUACCAAUCGUGGGAAAUUUUGUCAAAUUUUUAUAACCAUUUAAAAUGUACAGUUAACAAAGAAAGUUGUGUUUGCUUUUAACGCAAAGACUAGAAGUACUUUCAUAAAUGCAAAAAUAAAUAAAAUGAAAAAUUCAGACAAAAUUGUCACUGGGGAUACAGUGGAACAAUGGGUAACCAUAUUACCGGAAUUAAGGCCUUUAAUGAUACACCAUACAUCCCAUUCACACCUCUUGAACAACUGUUCUCUUUAGUAAACAACUAGAAAGACGAUCUCACGUACAGUAAUUGAAAAAAAAACUACUUCAAUCUUUCCUUUAUUACAUAAAACGCUAUUAAAAAUCGGCUUUUUAACAGCCACAAAUGCAUUUUAAGGGUAGUGUAGUGUAAAAACAGUACAAGAACAGGCUCAGCUUAACUAGGUCAAUGAAAUUGACAUGGCACAGGCAUUUUUAUUUUCUUAAUUUCGAAAGAAUGGCCGCGUAACAAAGUGAAAUUAUAAAAUAUUCUUUUGUUUGGGACCGUAAAAUGUGGCCGAUAAUGGCUGUAUUAAUGGGUGUCCGCAUUAACAAGGGUUUUAUAAGCAAAUGUAUGGCCGUUUUGCCAGGCCAAAAACUUGGCUGUAAUAUCAAGGUGACCAUAUUACCCAGGUGGGCAUAAGGCAGGUUUCUACUCUAUAUCCCAACCAGCUCCAUAGCUCAGCUCAUUUUCCUGAAUUCAAGUAGUAUUCCUUGAAUUGUGUCUGUAAUCGAUGGGCUUGGUUUAUUGUGUUAGCUAUUUUUGACCAGGAAUUUCACUAUCUGUGUCGGAGAGUGUCUGUGCGCCUGACCUUCAAAUCAGGGUGGGAGAGAGUUACGUUUCAGGAAUAACUGAUUUUUAUAGGAGGCGAAAUGUUUACUCAUCUUUAUUCUGACAUCCUUUUUGAUCCUUUGUAAUUCUGUCUUCACUCACUUUAAAGAUUUCAAGUUGCAUUAAAAAAUGACAAUUCAGUGGGGCUUAAACCAAGAUAACCAGCCAGCCAGAAAGACGUACUUUUUCUGUGUUUGGGUUUAUGGAAUAUUUCUUUAGCUGUUCUUUUGUCGAUUUAAUUGCAAAACCAAAUCAUUCUUUGCAGAAACCUACAGCCAUUUUUUUCCAUGUUUUAUUUUAAAUCUUCUGCCAAUGUCACUGUAGAAACAGCUCCAAAAAAGUCAUAGCUCAUGUUAACACCUUUAAAUUGUACUAAAAUCAAUGCAUUAUUAUCAUAAUUAUUUUAUCAAGUGGGUACAGGUAAUGUGUUGGCAUUCAGCUGUAAUUUAAUGAUUGAUGCACUUUUUCGUUAAAUUUGCUGGUGGAUCAUUAGUGCUUUACCCUUACAGUUUUCCAUUAAGAGUCGUGUAUGGCUAAUGCCAAACAUGAAUUUGCACCACAUGGCCAACUUUUUCCUUUACAGUUGUCUUUUACAGUUUUUCUUUUACAAAAAUUUACCAGUAAAUCAUGUUAGUUUUAUCAAUAACUUUACUAUUUUGGACUGUUUUAGCUGAUCAUUUUCUAGCUUGAGAAAUUCUCUACUUCAACAUGACAUUUGCCAUAAACACGACUCUUAAUCUCUCUAUUGCCUCUAUUUUCUAGGCUCAGCUGUUUGCAGGCCUGGUGUUCAAUUUGUGAAUCAAGGUGAUUCUGCAAUCAUUGCAUGCAAUGCCACAAAUGUUCCAAGGGAAAACAUAACGUGCAGCACAAAAGGAGUAAGAGACUUGCAACAAGUUGCUAGUUGUUAUCAGAUCUCAGUGAAAGAUGUUUCUUUGUCUGAUGUUGGAUACUAUAGCUGUGAUGCAUCUGCAAUCGUCAAUGAAACCAAUGUGGAUUUCUGCUAUCUGCAAGUUAUUUGUAAGUUCUAUUUUAGCUGCAUUAUUAUUGUUUGGAAAAAAUGUAGUGUUUUGAACUUUGUCAUAUUGUAUGUAACCAUAUACCCCACAUUUCUGUCAUGUCAUGCUAGGAGGUGUGAGUCAUGGGGAAUAUUGAAUCACUGGAAUCUGAAACAAAUCUCAGACUCAGUGAAAUGUAAAAGAAAAAAGAGUGGCAGGGUCAACUAUUAAGGAUUGAUCAGUUGAAAAGACAGUCAAAAAAUAUAAAUGUAACACAUUAGUAACAAUGAUAUAUUUAACAAUUAUUCGACGAGGGCGCGUUGGAUAUGAGAUGAUAGAUGGCCAACGAGGCGCGUAGCGCCGAGUUGGCUAUAAUCAUUUCAUAUCCAACAAGCCCGAGUGGAAUAAUUGUUUUAUUAAAAACGCCCACAAAAUCUCGUUGAAUCGCCCCGACUAGAACAAACCGGAAAAGACAAGAGACUUCCGCUAUUCACAUGUCACACGUCUAUCAAAACUGUCAACGCGCGAACGGACUCGCCUAGACUGCAUGAAUGAAAAAUCAAAACAUUGUAGCCAUGAACAUUUGUUUUUUAAAAACUCAUCGGGAUUCUAGGAUUUUACACAGCAGAACAGCUAAAAGAACCUGGCAGAUAAUGUGAAGGAAAGGAAUUUUUAAGUGACAGCCGUCGAAAUUACUAUGAAUUUGGAUUUUCGGUGCAGUUGUAAAAGUAAUAACAACGGAGAAAAACUACCGGUAUUACCUCGGUCGCUUGUUAUGAAGUUGUUUGAAGCCACACGCUGGUUUUGCUGAACGAGAAAAGAAGCUAUACUGCCGCCUCGAUUGCUCUAGUGAAUGGCUGCAUAGCCUGUAUUUGUAGUUGGUUACUUGUGAUUUAUAUUCUUGAUGUCGGAUAAACAAGCUGCAGUUAUCUAUCGGCGAGUGACUCGAUCGGGGAAUGGCUUCGCGAUCAUGAAGAAACAACACUUGUCUUCUUUCGUAGCUGGUCAAGGUACUUUAGUUCCAUGUGUUUUCAUGUGUUUUUCGACAAACUUUCAAACAAGCUCUUGUGGCUUUUUUGUUUGUUUUUGUCUUUUUUCUUUCGUUGAAAUUGCAUUUCUAGUAUUCUAAGAAAUGAAUUAAAACGAUUUGCUUCGGGCGCCGUUCUAUCCUUCGCGAAAAAAAAUCUCAGCUACCUUCCAAUUUUAAACUGACGCGUACACUGACCAUAUAUGGAGAACAUGGUAUAUUAGCUCAUAUACCAUAACGGCUAAGCUAAUCAAAAUGCUAGAAUUGCAUUAUCCAAUGUUCAGUUUUUAAUAAAUAUAUAUAUAUAUAUAUAUAUAU